UUGUGGAAGUGACAACACAACAGUAGGUAAUAUUGAUAAUUCACGCGCAUUUUAGUCAAAAAGGACCAGGAAUACAGGCAUUAGCAGCUGAUCAUAAUUUUUGAAUUGUGCCAUUAAAGUUGCAGAUCUGCUUGGUAAAGCACCAGUAAACAACAAUGUCGGAUCCCAAAUACGCUUAUCCAUAUCCUGGACAAGGGUACCCGCAGGGAUAUUACCAGCAACCGCCACCCGUGGUAGCGCCGCCGCAGUACGCACAAGCGCCGCCUCAGCGACAGACAGGGUUUUUGGAAGGAUGGCUUUUAGUGGUUUGCUCUGUGAGUGGCUUACAGGGGUUUCAUUAUAAGAUCUGGCUGCUCUGUGUUGCUGCUGUCUGCUGGAUGAGUGCUGCUGUGAUCCCUCUAUAAUAUUUGUCUCCUGAACAUCAAGAUUAGUUGGUGACUGCAGAUGCAAUCUAAGACUUAUUUAUGUAAAUGAAAGUGAUCUAAAGCGUGAAAAUUUCAAAUCUAGCACUCCUAAAUCACAGAGAUUGGUCAAUGCACUUGUGGUCACUGAUAGUAUAUUUUUUAAGAUAUGAAUAGGACUAAAAUUGUUGCACUAAUUAUGUAUGUUUUCUACUUAAUUAAUCGAAAUUUGCUGUUUGUGUUA